AUGCCUCGAUCGUUCAUCGGUUCAAUUGUCCUAUUAGUGGGUUAUGCUGUUUUGUGCGACGGUCAAGAUACCAGUGCUCUGAUUUCCGGCAUCUUGGGCAGUCUAACAUCCACGACUAAAGAUCGAGGCUGUCCUGGGGAAUGCGUUCACGCAAUCACCUCUCUGCUGUGCGAGCAAAUUCUCGCCGACGGUCAGUGUGGUGCCGCGUAUCUGCGUUGCUGUGUCGCAUCAAGCGGCGAUACAAGCUCAAAGGAUACCAAAGCGCCAGCUCUUGAGAAUCCUCCCGCAGUUCAGCCCCAAACCACUUUAGAAGCCAACGUGACCGAGGGAGCUUUAGACAAACGGGUCGAGCCGGACGUGCCGAUUCUGACAAUCGCGGCGUCGAACACCUCCCAAACAGAAUCUCAACUCAAAGAUGAAGUCUCGACCGACGCUUCCGAUUCGAAUAAUUGUCCCGGAGCUUGUGUUUCGUUCACGUCGUACUGUCAAACUCGCGUACCGGAAGGACAGUGCUCGGAGGGAAUGAUUUGCUGUCUCCAAGAGGACUCGCAGAAAGUGAUCGAAAAGAAAUCCGGGAAUCCCAUCGAAUGUCCGGGCAGCUGCGUUUCCUCCCUGUUCAGUUUGCUGUGCGACAAAGUUGAUUACACUGCAACUUGCUCAUCGGGCGGGGCGUGUUGUCUCAAUCCGGAACCGACGACUACGGAGUCUCCGACGCUUCCUCCGUUCCAGCAGUGUCCCGGGAGAUGUCUCCCGAACUUCAUGCACAACACGUGUCGAGGCCAAGGGAAAUACGUGGUCAACUCUCAAACGAACUGUCCCCCGUCCACAAUCUGCUGUUCAGGUGCUCCGAACGAAGUUUACACGAACGAUCGCGGUCCCGACGGUCCGGGAAUCAUCCUUACUGGUCCGAACAGCCCCCAUGCCCCACCGUUCCCGCCGUCGACGGCCUUCAGUCUACCGCAGAUGAGCAAUUCUCAAUCGCAAACAUCCAAUUCGAACCAACAAGCUCACAAUACCGCCGAAAUGUUUGGAGUGCCGAGGCCGAUACGGGAGGAAACGGUCGGACCCAUCACGAGCGCCGAACUCGUGACGAAAAUCGCCAGUACGAUCCAUUGCCCGGGCAGUUGCAUAGCUCCUCUGAUGAAGUUCACCUGCUUCGGAUCAAACAACGUUUAUCCCCAUUUCAAGUGCACCGAGGGCUACGUCUGUUGCGCAGAUACAGGAGAUGCGAAACGAAUCCUCGGCAACGCGAUAAUUCUCUACCAAGUAGGAUCUCUUUCGCAAUCUGAGCAUACGAUUCCACUGAGUGAACCGGACAGACCGAUUUUCGAGUCUCGGCCGCCCUCCUCCUCUGGAAACUAUCUCCCAGUGGAUACGAACAAACUGAAUCCAGCUAGUGAGCCCCAAGAAUCACAACUGCAGCCGGUUAAUGUUCGAGUCCCACCGUCCCACCACAGUUAUGCACCUCAGUCGUCCGCGAAACCCUCUGCGGGGUCGGCCUCGGCUCAAGCCGGAUUCGUGCCCGCUUUCAAGCCGAGUCAGAAGAACGCGAUGCAGUCUCCCUCGAAUUCCCCAUCUCAGGAAAGCGGUCACCAGGUGCCCUCGAUGCCAACACCCCCGCCGCCGCCGUCGAAUGCUCCGCCGGUACACCUUCCUGUCAAGCCACUCCCGCAACCACCAGCUCCGCCGUUGACGGUGCCACUCCCGAAUGAGAAACCGAAGACACCCGCAUUCCAGAUUAAGGUUCCCAACCGAGGAACCUUUCUGGGAAGCAAGAACUUCAAUCGUCCUUUCAAACCGAUAGUCAAUUCGAACUCGGCCAACAACGCGGGCAGAGUAUCUCCGCCGGUGCUGACCAGCGGGGGUUUCGUCCCUGCGUCCUCACCGGCCACAUCGACACCGAUCUCGCAUCCCAGUCCGCCGCAGAGAGCUCCGAGCCCAACAAAGACCGUAGUGAGAGACUCUCUCAGUUGUGGUCGGAGAGGAGGUUCGCGCCAGCAGCGUGUGAUCGGUGGCAGGGACGCUCAGCAUGGGGAAUGGUGUUGGCAGGCUGCGAUCUACAACGACAAAGGACAGUACGUCUGCGGGGGUGCGCUCAUCGGACCUCAAUGGAUCGUCACCGCCGCUCAUUGCGUCACGAAGUACGUCCGGAACGGGGACACUUUCUUCGUUGAAGUUGGGUCCGUUGAUCUCACAGCCCAGCACGGACACAGUCGUAAGAAAGCUUGGGCCAGCUACAUACACCACAACUACAACGAAAACACCCUUGACAAUGAUGUCGCCCUGGUGAAAGUCCUCAAUCCUUUUAACGUCAACACGAGCUCAGCGUGCAUCGUGUGUCUUCCGGGAAAACACGGAUCGAGAGUCGAUCAAUUGGACAGAUGUACCGUAACAGGCUACGGAGCUCUUCAUGAAGGCGGGCCUAUUGCCAUGAGAAUCCGAGAGGUCAAUCUGCCAAUGGUCGAGGAAAGAGACUGCAUUUCGAAACUGAGCAUCGCAACCGAAAAACAGUUCAAACUCCCCACGAGCACCUUCUGUGCAGGAGGCGAGGAAGGGAGUGACGCAUGCCAGGGCGAUGGCGGCAGUCCCAUGGUUUGCGAUAUGGGCGGCUUCUACGAGCUGAAGGGCUUGGUGUCCUGGGGAUUGGGUUGCGGACGUCCAGAUGUCCCUGGAGUUUACGUGAAAGUGUCCUCUUUCAUCGGAUGGAUCAAUCAGAUCAUCAGCGUCAAUACGUCCUAAACGACAUCGUCGUCGUGUAAGCUGUAUAUACGACAACCCAUGAGCUCCCAAGUUCGGGAAGUCCCGACGUGAUGCUUGCGCUCUCCAAAUGUAAUUUUAUACAGCCUCUAGAACAAAAGUUCCCGAGACGGGAGCCUGGAACCCCUUGGGGGUCCCUCUCCUCGGGGCUCUGAAGAUAGAAGAAAAUGAGUUAUGUUGUGAUCCUUCGAAAUAAUAUAUUCGAUG